CUGCUUGCAAACCUCUGUAAAAAUACAUUUACAAAAAAUGCUAAUACAGUAUCCUGAAAUCACUGGAGAUGUUCUAGUUUUCAGCCACCAAGUUCAGUUAAUCAAAUGCUGCCUGCUCACAAGAUGUAAAGGAAAUGUAUCCACUGACUUGUAAGAAAAUUGAAACAAGGAUAGUUGUACUCUCUGGUUCCUCUAAAUGUUGGAACAAAUGUGUGGCACAGUGUAAUAUAAAUAAUUUUAGAAGCUUUAAUUGUUCUUGGCCAGGGGAACCAAGUGUUGUCACCCAUCUAGUCCUGUUGCAGGAUGGAUGUGGCUCUGUUGUACAACGGCAUCAUUAUCGAGACAGUUAUGAAGUCCUGCGGGAGCUCUUUUAUUUUUCCUCCGCUACAGCCUGUGGUAGCUUAUAAAUGAUGGCUGUUAGAAGGAUUGGAAGAGGAACUGGGAGUGAUUGAGCUUCUCUUUCAAAGGCUUGACCCUCAGAAAGUAGAAAGAAAUUACGAUAUCACCUUCUUUAAACUUAAGCUCCGCACCCUCCUCAUGCAAUACUGUUUCCACAAUCCUAUCCUUUCACACUUUCUUUCUUGUAAUGCCUCUCUCAGUCUCUCUCUUCCACUCUCUUUCUUAUUCUAAGUGUCUCUCCAUGCAUAUUGCUCUCAGUAAUGAGUGCCUUAUGUGUGCAGCGCAGCGGCAGGGUAGCUGACUAUUUUCUUAUCUACCUCCAAGCAGCAGAGCACAUUGAGCGGCUCAGACCAGCUCAGUACUCAUGUGUGGAUGAGUUUGUGUGUAUGCACAUGCGACCUCCAUUUGGGUGUGUUUAUGAGAGAGGAUUCUUGCAUGUAUGUGUGUGUGUGUGUGAGUACCUUUGUCUCUGUGUUCGCGUGCAUGUGUAAGUGUGUUUCCAGCGUGCAUGUGUUUGGGAUGUGCAGCUCUCUGGCAGUGCCACAGGAGGGGAGUGUUGGUCUGUGAGGCUGUGAGCCCCCAGCCUCCCUCCCCACAUCACAACACGGGAGAUUCUCAGAGGCCUCAUCUCCUUCCAUGUAUUCUUCUUCUUUUUUUUUUUCCCCCUUACUCCUGCUCUACCCUUGGCAUCUCCUUUCUUGGGAAUACAGCUCUCCAACGGCGAGAGAGAGAGAGCGAGCGAGCGACUUAAAGAGGCUGACGCUGUAAGAAUUUGUCUUUCAGGUUUAAAGUCAGUUUUACGUAAUAUCAAAUUUCCCUUCCCUUCCCUCCUGUCCGAUAUUCAGUUAUUUCUGUUGUUGACGUGUCGACAAAAAUAAAGAUUGUGAAAGAGAUUAAAGGCAAGACGGGAGAGGAUGAUGCGAAGAAGUGGAAUAGAGGUGAAACAGAAAUGGAAACAAGUUAUUUAAGAUGGCUUGCCUGCAGGGCACAAAAUCAUACAAUAGUCAGUUGCUCAGUAAGAGCAGACAUACAGUGUAUUCCAGUCUUGGCACUCGCCUGUCCGGAUUCCUCUGCUUGUAAGACAAACACCUGAGCAGAGAAAUACUUGCGAUCUGCGGCACAUCUGAUCUGCGCUACAUCUCAUCUGUUCAAUUCAGUGCCAACGCACACUGCCGCAUUUGUUUAAUAAAUGAUUUAAAAGUCGUCCCCACAAAUGUAUUCUGCCCUUGAGCACACAUAUUAGGAGUCUCUAGCACACUAGCUGCUGGUUAUCAUGCAAAUGGAGCAAGCCAAGCCUAGCUUAGCCGGAUUGGCUUGUUCACUGCUGCAGUACAUUUGUCUUGGUAAUGUCUCCUGUCUUAUGUUAUGUAUGCAUGUUUGAACUGCCUGUAGGUCUGUGUCAAUAUGAGUGUGUUAAACGGUCACAGGCUCCUGUGGGUCCCUGCUACUGCUGCUGCACACUGUGAGUUGUGUGUGUGUGUGUGUGUGUGUGUGUGUGUGUGUGUGUGUGUGUGUGGCCAUUCUGACCCUCAGGGCCAUACGUGUCAGUCUCCUGCUGUUGAGGUCACAGAAAUGAUCAGGGUUCACAACACACACACACAAACACACACAAACACACAUACAAACAAGUCAUAGAGGCUACAUUCCUAAGCAUUUUUAUUUUAUUUAGCGCGCCGUAACCUUCACAUGAGGACUUACUAUUAACCAGCGAUGGAUUAUUGCUAUAGAAUAGUUACGCCUGAGCUAUUGAUUUUCUGUAGAUACUUUGUUUGAAGAAGGAGGCCUUUGUGUGAGUCAGCUGAUGAGUGUGGGAUAGAUAUAGCCCUUUGUAUGAGUCUGUGUGUGUAUUUCAGCCAAAGUUCAGCAGCAUGAAUAUGAUCACAGCACAUCUGUGUGUACAUUAUGUGCAUGUGUUUGUGCGAGGCUGCGUGUGUUUAUCGCUGUGUUCAGUCUAUGUGCUUAAUCCCUCAGAUCAUCCCCUAUUCAUCCUCUCAUCCUCCUCACUUACAGCCCUAAUCCUGUCAUCCCUCGCUCUUUUUUUUUUUUCGCCCAGCCCUUUAUCCAUUUAUCUCUCUAUCCCGUUAUCUCUCGCUCGCAUCCCCUGCGCCUCUGUCUCUGCCCCUGCUCCCUUCGUUUACCCCUUUCCCCCUCCACCACCUCCAUUCACUUAUCUUGCCCUCCCUCCAUCCCUCUGGACCCAGUUCUAGCCAGACUCAGCAGAUGUCUGAAAGCUUGGCAUCAGGGCUUUUUUUUCCGCAGAGUUCAGUCCCUCCCAUAUGAAAAUGCGGUGCAAAGAACUGCACUCUCAUCUCGGCAAAUUAAGCGCCCCCCUAACAGUUUAGUAGUGGGAAGUGAGGGAACUGAGCCCGAGCCAGAAGAAAAAGGCGCAAUGCAACGUGAUACAGAUUCAUGUUCAGGUUGAGGUUUAGAUAGUGGGAUCGGGGCUGGCGCUCCCUCAGUUUUGUGAGACUUCCAUCUGUGUGAUGAAGGCAGCUGCAGCAGAGAUGGUGAUCUAGGAGCCUACCCACGCAGCUGUCUACCUAGCCGUCUACAGACUGGCCUACCUACCACUGCUUUUUGGAGCUGACAAGCUGCCACGCAAUAAAUAAAUCAUCAAAAAAAGCUGCAAUGCAGUGGGGGUCGCGUUCGUGUUCCGUAUUCUCAGGCUGCCAGUGCGUGGAUACAAGACGGCAUCUUCUUCCUUCCUGUUCCUUUUCUCUCUCUGGGGGUUUGAGGAGACAGCAGCAGCAGCUUUCUGACUCCAUCCAGAUACAGGGUUAGAUGGCUAGAUGGAAGGAUGGAUGCUUUGAUGGAUAGGAGGCACUGAGGCUGAGAGGGAGGGAAAGUUUAAAAGAGGGGCGGGAACAAGGGGAAGCAGGGGGAGCAGCAGGACGGUGUAGCGCGAGCGUGUGAAUGACAGACGCAGAGCAAAGAGAAGAGAGAGAGCAGGAGAGAAGAAACUCAGGCUGUCAGGAGGAGAGAGACAGAAAGGCCCGAGGGGGAUCAGAGCAGCAGGGCCAGGGAGACGAAGAAAGGAGAGGCAGAGAGUGACAGGCAAACGAGCCUUGCGUGCUGGAGAAGUGGAAGAAGGGACUCCGGCGAAGGGGAAGGAGGAGGAAGAGUUAGUGAACGAGGGAGAAUUUGAAUGUGUGAGACAGACAGAAGUGGACUGAGGCCACCGUCAGCUCAUGGUCCUAGAGCACAGACAGAGGAGAGGAGGAACAGGAGGAGAGAUAGAGACACAUAUAGAAGAAGAGAGGAGAAGGAACGAGAAGGUGGAGUGCUGGUCAGCAGUUGUUCCUCAAGAUCAGACAAUGAUGGGGCUUUACUACCCUGCAAUGCUACCGGGCUCUCAGGAUUCAACAGGAGGACAGGAGGGCUUGGUGGCCCCACCCUUUACAGCGUUCCCUCCUCCACCCCCUCCUCAAAACGGGCUACCGGGGACGGAGUUUGGCCCUGCGGCCAUGUUUGGUGCUGGGGGCCAAGGUACAGCAGAGGUAGGGGCUGGUGCUAAUGGAGCCACCACUGCUACCACCAACAACAACAACAAUGGAAAGACAGAGGAGACGUCCCAGGGUGAGGCGGGUGUACAGUGUGGUACAGGAGGUGUAGGACCAGGAGGCUCUGCAGGAGACUCCGCAGAGGCUAAAGGAACCCCCAAACGCCUCCACGUCUCAAACAUCCCCUUCCGUUUCCGGGACCCAGAUCUCAGGCAGAUGUUUGGGCAAUUUGGGAAGAUUCUGGAUGUAGAGAUUAUUUUCAAUGAGAGGGGUUCAAAGGGUUUUGGCUUUGUGACAUUUGAGAACAGCGCAGACGCAGAGAAAGCCAGGGAAAAGCUCCACGGCACACUGGUGGAAGGUCGUAAGAUUGAGGUGAAUAACGCCACUGCCAGGGUGAUGACUAACAAGAAAAUGGUCAGCCCCUACCCUAACGGAGAGGCUCUCAGCACACUGCCUUAUGCGGGGUGGAAGUUGAGUCCUAUGGUGGGGGCCGUGUAUGGACCAGAGCUCUACGCAGUCCCAGGGUUCCCCUACCCUUCAGCAGCAGCAGCAGCCACCACAGCAGCGGCAGCGUUUCGUGGUGCCCACCUCAGGGGCCGAGGCCGGCCCGUCUACAGCGCCGUGCGGGCGGCUGUGCCUCAGCCUGCCAUCCCUGCCUACCCUGGUGUGGUGUAUCAGGAUGGGUUUUACGGAGCCGCAGACUUAUAUGGAGGCUACCCUGCUGCUGCCGCUGCCGCCGCUGCCUAUCGCUACGCCCAGCCCGCGGCCGUAACCGGAGCAACCGCCGCAGCUGCAGCCUACAGUGACAGUUACGGCCGGGUGUACACUACAGAUCCAUACCACGCUUUAGCUCCAGCUGCUGCUGCUUACGGAGUGGGAGCCAUGGCCAGUUUAUACCGGGCGGGAUACAGUCGGUUUGCUCCUUACUAAAGCUGCAAAUCACAUCCAAGGAAUUUCACAUCGCUCCAAAACCCCUUUUUCAAGCUCUUUGUUUGACGGGAGCUCCCCUCCAUUUUUUCUGCAGGCGAACUAUAGUGACAACUCAUGUGUUUUGUUGUUUCUUUUUUUGGUGGCGAGAGAGGUCAUUGCCACAUCAUCAACUCAAAACUCUGUUUCUGUACUCGUCUGUCUGUCACUGACGUGGAUACAAUGAAAAAACUGCCAGGAGUGUCUCCCACAUCAAAAAAAAAAAAAAAAAAAAAAAAAAAAAAAUGCCGGAGCCUGCUGUUUUGAACUACGGGGCACAAUUUCAGGACGGUUACCUUUUUAGAAACACUAUGGGACCCGGGAGGAGAGAGACUGCUGUUCCUGUGUGAUCCUGCACACUACAAACCUUUUUUGAACUUACAGUAUAUCCACUGCCCUGUAAGACCUAAUCAGACCUAUAUACACACACUUACAUUGAGCACUCAGUAUACAGUUUCCUCUCCAUUUUCCUUUAGUGUUGGCCUGCACACGAUGAUAGAACUGCCACAGCACAGCGUUACUAGUAAAAAAAAAAAAAAAAAAAGGUACUUAUGUUUUUAAACACUACAUUGACGUAAAGCCCUCCACAGCAGAGACGUCCCUAUGGUUUAGCAUUGUGCUGUAAUAACGAAAAAAACGAAUCAAACUCGGACUGCUCAAUAUACAAGAUGUAGGAAUUAUUGUUGUUCUUUUGUAAAGAUGGCAUACUGAACAUUCAGCCGGAGGAGGGAACUUGGGAGCGUCUGACUGACAGAAACCACUGUUGUCUCGGUAAUAACAGACUAUGAACAACACGGCAUGGGAAAAGCCUCUGUUUUUUUUUUUUUGUUUUGUUUUUUUUUCCUGUUUUGUUUUUUUUGGUCAUUUUCCAUUUCACAUCUUCUCCCAAGUGUAAGAGGAAACACAAGAAAAACACAAAUGUUUUUAAAAGAUCAUUCAAAAAAAGUGUGAAAAUGACAAAGAAAAGGAAACAAGCAACUUGUUUUUUUCUGCAUUACCUCAGUUUUUGUUUAAUCUUAUUCUGUUUUGCUGCCAUUGAUAAGAAGCUGCAUAGAAAUAUAUAUAACGUGGACGUGUUGAAACUGUCCGUUAAUUUCA